AUGUCCCCCAUCACUGUGAGCUGUUUUCUAUCCAUCCUAGUUGUGAGUCCAGCAAUCAUUUUCAGUCUUGCAGCCGGGAACUCGUCGAACGUAGAUUUUACGGAAAGCGUAAUCGAAACUCCGGAGUAUGCCAUGUACAAUUUGACUGGCAACGAGACCAUUUGCCCGUUCACCGAAAAAUUCACCGAAAUUGGAAUCACGGGAACAUCCAUCAGCAUAUUUUUGAAUGAAUACAGUUGUGUGGAGCCUGAGAACAAAACCAUCAAUAACAGUGUUGGGAGACGCAUAGGAGGCUAUGCAUGCGUGCAAGCCAUCAACACAAUUUACAUCAAGAUGUCCAAUACCUCUGAACCUCUGGAACAAACCAUCAAAACCGGCUGCAUCGGUCGGAAACAAGAAGAUGCUUCACCUCUGUUUGUAUCUCCUCCAACAACAAGCUCUUGA